AUUAUUAUUCCACUUUUCCUGUUCCAAAUAUUGACUUUCCUCAAAAUGUAUUAUUUCGAAUACAACGUUUAAUUUUUUGGCUCAAAACUCUGAUGUUACUUGAAAUUCAAGAACACCAUAUAGCAACAUCAGCAAUGGCAACACCAGUGACAUAUUUUCUCUUUUGCCUCUCAUACAUUUCUACCGGUGUUAAAUUCCCAGAAACUGGUCCAAACGAGCUUUUACUUUUUGAUUCGGUGCUAGCAGCAAUGAUUUUCUAUAUUUGUGUCCACUUGACAAUUUUGGGUCACGUUGGAAAAAUGAUCAUUCUUACAUUCAUUCGUGUUUUCUGCUUUUUCUGGUUAGGUACAAGUAUAUUCAUAAUGCCGGAAUGGUAUUCAUUCAACGGUCACGCUUUUGAUUUUGUCAUUUGCUGGUUUCUUCUCGCAAUCCAUAUUACUUGUACCGCUGGGUGUAUCACUAUGAUUUUUAAAUUUUUUAUCUCCGAACAAGUGUUUGAAAGUUACGACUGGAGAACAAUCAAAGAACUGUUUUUCCAUAAACGAACUCGAAUUGAGCCUCCAGAAUACGAGGAAGCUAUAUCCAGCACCGCACAACCACCAAGUUAUGAAGAAGCCAUAGCAACAAAUCCACCAGCCGUUCAAAUUGCAUAUGCGAACGCGUAUUUCAAUCGUUCUGCAGCAGAAGCCGAGGAUGCGGAGACAUUGUUUUGAUUUUUAGUUCAAUUUUCAUUUCCAAUAGUCGACUGAUUUUGUCCUGAUAUGAUUCAUUCAUCAUAUUUACUACAACAAUUUUUUAUUCUGUAUUCCAUUUUUUCUUGUCUCCGUUCGCCCCAUACAUAAAUCAAAUUCAUUUCUUUCUUCUUUUUACUAUAAACAUUUU